CCUAACAACAGCAGGUCACUGAUGAACUGCAACGAGACGCAGGAACUAACCGUAGACAAGGAAAAGACGAUACAAAUUAGAGACUUAAAAUAAAACUGAAAAUUUAGAAUUGUAUUUCAGUGAAAGGCAAAGGUCGUGAAUGAUGAGCUACACAGAACAAUAAAGGUUGCGUCGCGUUCAGGAAGAGCCCCCCCCCUCCCCCUCGGACAGCCAUGGCAGCGAAGUCGUCCCUGCUGAAAGUCAUCCUGCUGGGGGACGGCGGCGUGGGCAAGAGCUCCCUCAUGAACCGCUACGUCACCAACAAGUUCGACACGCACCUCUUCCACACCAUCGGCGUGGAGUUCCUCAACAAGGACCUGGAGGUGGACGGCCACCUGGUCACCAUGCAGAUCUGGGACACGGCGGGCCAGGAGCGCUUCCGCAGCCUGCGCACGCCCUUCUACCGGGGCUCGGACUGCUGCCUGCUCACCUUCAGCGUGGACGACAGCCAGAGCUUCCUCAACCUGGGCAACUGGAAGAAGGAGUUCAUCUACUACGCCGACGUCAAGGAGCCCGAGAGCUUCCCCUUCGUGGUGCUGGGCAACAAGCUGGAUGUGACGGAGCGGCAGGUGUCGGCCGAGGACGCGCUGCAGUGGUGCCGGGAGAACGGGGACUACCCGUACUACGAGACGAGCGCCAAGGACGCCACCAACGUGGCGGCGGCCUUCGAGGAGGCGGUGCGCCGCGUCCUGGCCAUGGACGAGAGGGCGGAGCACCUCAUCCCCACGGACACCGUCAACCUUCACAGGAAGCCCCGCUCCAGCGCCACCUGCUGUUGAUCGCGCGUAACCGCGGGCGCUCGCACCCGGGAAACGGGACUGAAGGUUGGGGCGUUCCGGCUCGAGCGGCCUCGCGUGUGGCCAGAUGGCUGCCAUUACACGCCCCGCGUCCUUCACUGGUCGGUAGAGCUUGGUGACAUUCCUGCGUGCUGGUUAAAAGCUUGCUCAUCCGUGGGUGUGUGGCAGUACAGGAGGUUCUCGUGAUGGGUAGGUCGUAACAAGUAUAACACUGAGUGAUGUUUUGAGGUCUACUAUAUGUGUUUCAUAAUGUAUGGAAUAUUGGCUAGGUUAUUUAUGCUAAAAUGAAGAUAAUACAUCAUUUGGUUGUGUAAUUAGGGUUUGUUGCUAAACUCAUUUUGAUGAGGCAAUAGGAGGAUAUCAAACUGCUAAUUUGUAUUCGCAAACCAUUUUUUUCCAUUAUUUAUGUCACAAGCUCUGACCAGUCAGGAAGUAGCAAACCUUUUUGAAGAGGGGUCUUACCUUGUGGGUGAAUGACCUCUUCAGUGAUAAAGGUAUUUCAUUAGGUAAUUAAGUAAUGUUUAACUAAAGUAAUGUCUUCAAAUAUCCAACACUAGAACGUGAUUGAAAUGGCAAAUGAUUAUAAUUGUAAUAAGGACAUGUCGGAAAUGAUAUCUUUCAAUUAAAUUGCUAGCAGUGUACAUGAGAUUUAAAGGGGAUUGGAUAGAUGGUGCCAAACUUACAACAUUGAUUUUCAUCAUUUAUAAUAUACUAAUACUAUCAAUUGUAUUGACUGACAGAGUAGUUUAUGCUGCCUUUGCGUUUUUGUCUCUCACACCUCAGGCAUGACGGCACACUUUCACUAAAGCACUCUUUUAUUGUGCGAAAGAAAAUCGGACGGAAAGUUACAUUUAGGAAGAAUAAUUUUAUGGGCAAACUUAGUUGUCUGAUUCUGGACUCCCAUCCGUUCUUUGGCAAUAGUAAAUGGUCAGCGUUAAGCGACUGUACAGAUCUUGGGUGCGUCUCACUGAACUGUGAGAGUGCCUGUGUUGAAGUACAAACAAAGAGAUUGGUUGGACACAUGCACAAUGUAGCCUAUUAUUUUGAACUUUGAUAUUCUAUCUUUUGGAAAAUACUAAUGUGAAGACUACAGCAAGAUGUGAUAACAAACAUGUUAGCAAUAAAGUGUGGCUGUUACACAGCAUAACCACUUCUGCUGUUAUAGUGACAUAGUAUCGUGAGUGGGGGGGGUGCUCUACCUUAAAGCUAAAUAUGGAAGAUAAUAUAUCUUAAUUUUUUCUGGAUGGGAUUUCUUUUUCUGCGAUGUGAAGAAUUUCUGCAUUGAGCACUGAGUGUGUGGCUACAAAAACUAUGAAUGGGUGUGAAUGAAUUCCACAAUCUAUGACUCUAGGGUUAAAAUAUCAAAAUGUAAAUUGCCAUAGUCAGAGUGUCCUCAUGUUAUUUGCCUUAAAGUGAAAAGGUUCUUGCAUAGUAUACUAAUAAUAUAAUAUUAUUUUGGUGGUGGGGGUGAAUUUGAUGCAGGUUUAUUUACAUUAUGUUCACUCUCCAGCCUGCUCUCCAUUAUAUCUUGUAAAUGAUAAUAUUUGUUACUUAGUUAAAAUGAGAAAUUAAUUUUGAGAGCAAAAGAUGCUUUGAUGGAGUUACUGAAAAUCAGUGAACAUCAAUGGUUUCAUCAAAACAAUACAAUGAAGAUGAAAUCUAUCCGUGGAGCAAGAUACAUGGAGAGAUCACCACUCAUGAUUAAGAGUAUUUACCGUCAUCAUAACUUUAAAUUAAUUUGCUAUUCAUCUGUUUCUUUUGAAAAUCUAAGUGAAUUUUGGUGUAAAUAUGCUUGAUUUUAAGCAAGCAAUAAAGUCCACCACUGUCCUGUUGUGUUUUCUUGGAAUGGGCAUUAAUGGGAAUCGAUCUCAUGUUUGUUAGGGGUGUGACUGUCUCACAAUGCCUGCAGUCACAGAUUACCUUCAUAUGUGGAAAGGAAUAGUGGACCUCUUUUGUCCACUAUUGUCUCAUAUCAGCUGAAGCAGUCACUGUGUCGGCAGGGCCAUAGACACUUCAGCUGGCAUUCAGUAAUGAAGGGCGUGCUUUCACCAAUCUCCAAAUGAUAUCUUCAUGGCUGCCAGUCCUGUGCCAUCUACAAACAAGUGCUCUUUUUUCUGUCCCUAAUGUUCCUCCUCCUAGGUAUGUGUCUCUCUACUUUGGAAGUCCAAAUGUUCAUGGAAUCUCCAGAAUUUCUGUCUGGAAGCUGGGUCAUGUGUAUUCCCCAUUGAUUCUGUAUCAAAUGUAUUGUUGUGCAAGUAGUCAGAUGGCCAUGCAAAAACAGCUUGACAUAUGACUGCAGUACUGGGUGAAGGAAACCAUAUAUCUUGAGUGAGUCAGAUUCUGGUAAGAGUACCUUCUGAGCAUAAUCCCUAACAUAUUAACAUAAAGAUCAUGCAGUUUAUAAGAAGAUGAAUUUCUUAGUGAAGUCUGGCAUUACAGGACAGAAUGAAUCUCUUAAAGGAAAAAAGCACGAUGGAGUGCCCAUUGCUAAAUCCCUCUGCAAGGGUGUGAUUGCAGAAUCCCAGUUUGUGUGCGUCUCUGUCAGUUAAAUGAUGUUCUUGUGAUUAGAAUGAAAGUGUCUUAAUGAUAACUUGUCAACAUUUAAAUGUAAAUGAUGACCAAAAGAAGAUACAAGCCUUACCGCAACCAUGAUCUGUCUCAUUUACAUUUUAGGAGGUAGAUGAAAAUAAAAUGACACUUAAAAUGAA